AUGCUUAUUACUGCAAUGGAAUCUAUUGCUUCAUCUUUGAAGCAAGCUGAAAUUAUUCCCAAUGUCGCGGAUGAGUUUGUGCCCGAGGCACUGCUUGACAUAAAAUACGGUGAAAAGAAAGUAGAGCUGGGCAACAAAUUCACUAUGGGAG